GCUUUGUAGAAACCCCAAAAGUGAAAUAUAGAAGAAAAAAUGACACCUUCCACAGACCUGUAGUACUUUCCUGGAAGAUUGUAUUAUAGGUAAAAGAAUAAAGCUCUGAAAGACUGUUUGGUUUCCGAGAAAAAGAACAUGGCUACAGGUUUUCCUGAUGGGAUAAUGUCCCAGAACGUUGGCCAGUCGCCGAGGACUAAGUGUCCAGCUCCAUUUUUAUCAAAGACUUAUAAUCUUUUGGAGGAGGAAGAGGAGAGAGCUGGAAGAGAAGCGGUUGAGAAUGGUAGUGGUGGCCGGAGAAUCGUGUCGUGGAAUUCCGAUGGGAAUGGGUUUGUUGUGUGGUCUCCGGCAGAGUUCUCGGAGCUCAUGUUGCCUAGAUACUUCAAGCACAAUAACUUCUCUAGCUUUGUUCGUCAGCUUAAUACUUAUGGUUUCAAGAAAACAGCAUCGAAACGAUGGGAAUUCCAGCAUGAGAAGUUCCAUAAGGGUUGUAGACAUCUUCUUAUGGAGAUCAGCAGGAAGAAAUGCGAACCUAGCGCCUUUCCGGCAUUCCUAAAAGCAUCGGAAGAGAACGCAGCGUCGACAGCCAUGGGGGAAAACAAUCAUCUUCUACUCAUGGAAGAGAACAAGAACCUGAGGAGAGAGAGACUGGAACUAGAAAUGCAGAUAGCCCAUUUCAAAGCUUUGGAGAUUAAGUUGUUGGAGUGUCUAUCUCAACAGAUGGGUAAUUAUCCAAGCAAAGUUAGGAGGAUAUGUUAGAGGAUGAGUGAAAAGAGAAAAGAGAAAUGAUAAGGAGUUUUUUUCUUUUCUCUUGUACGUAGCCUUUGAUCAU